UCGCUUACAUUGGUGCCCCUCUAAGCUCUCGUCUAGUCUUCCCGCUUCUGCGCAGCUCGACCCGGCCACAGCGCUCCAGUCUGCCCCCAGUGUGUCUAUAACUGCCAGCAUGUCUGAUUACGGCGGUCUGUCGACUAAUGGAGUCGGUGCUGGGAUGAAAAAAGACGCUUUUGCUGAUGCCGUACAACGAGCUAGAGAGAUUGCAGCUAAAAUCGGUGGAGACGGAGUCCCCCCAGUGGGCAACAACGGAGGAGCUGAGGGCUAUCCAUUUGCUGCACAGAAACGAUCAUUGGAAGAUGCAGAUGAGCCCGAUGCUAAGAAGAUAGCGUCACAGAGUGAAAUGGAUUCAGCGUUAUCUAUUGGAGCUCAACUUGCUGCUCUAUCGCAACAAAGUGUCAGGCCAUCAACAGUGAUGGAAGAGUACAGGGUACCAGAUGCUAUGGUUGGUCUCAUCAUCGGCCGAGGGGGAGAACAAAUUAACAAAAUACAGCAAGAUUCUGGUUGCAAGGUCCAGAUAGCACAUGACAGUGCUGGUCUUCCAGAAAGAAGUGUUUCUCUCACAGGGCCACCAGAUGCCAUAAUGAGGGCAAAGGCUCUUAUCGAUGACGUGGUGUCCAGGGGUCAUGAGUCGUCUAAUGGUCAAGCAGGUUCUGUGCAGGAAAUGAUUAUUCCAGCAGGCAAGGCUGGUCUUAUUAUAGGAAAAGGAGGAGAGACCAUUAAGCAGCUACAGGAGCGAGCUGGAGUUAAAAUGAUUCUUAUUCAAGAUGGAUCCCAGCCACCCAAUAUAGAUAAACCCUUACGGAUCAUUGGAGACCCCUAUAAAGUGCAGCAAGCAAAAGAUAUGGUCAACGAGAUUCUUCGAGAAAGGGAUCAUGCAGGUUUUGGAGAUAGGAAUGAAUAUGGAUCUAGGAUGGGUGGGGGAGGCAUCGAGAUAGCUGUGCCACGCCACUCUGUAGGAGUUGUUAUUGGUCGUAGUGGGGAGAUGAUCAAGAAGAUCCAGAGUGAUGCUGGAGUGAAGAUACAGUUUAAACCAGAUGAUGGUUCGGGUCCAGAAAAAAUUGCCCAUAUUAUGGGUCCACCAGAACAGUGUCAGCAUGCUGCCUCAAUCAUCACAGACCUGCUACAGAGCAUCAGAGCCCGGGAAGAGGGUGGGCAAGGGGGUCCCCCAGGUCCUGGUGCAGGGAUGCCACCUGGUGGGAGAGGGCGUGGUAGAGGUCAAGGGAACUGGGGUCCACCUGGGGGAGAGAUGACCUUCUCCAUUCCUGCUCACAAAUGUGGGCUUGUCAUUGGCAGAGGAGGAGAGAAUGUCAAGUCCAUAAACCAGCAGACUGGUGCGUUUGUGGAAAUAUCUCGCCAGCCCCCACCAGAUGGUGACUUAGACUUUAAACUGUUCAUCAUUCGUGGCUCCCCGCAACAGAUUGACCAUGCAAAGCAGCUUAUAGAAGAGAAAAUUGAGGGUCCACUGUGUCCUGUGGGGGGUGGUCCUGGUCCAGGGGGUCCAAUGGGUCCUUAUAACCCCAACCCUUAUAAUGCAGGGCCUCCUGGUGGUGCACCACAUGGAGCUGCACCUGGUGGUCCUCAAUACUGUCCUCAGGGCUGGGGAAAUACCUACCAGCAAUGGCAAGCCCCAGGUCCCCAUGACCCCAGUAAGACGGCAACAGAUCCCAAUUCAGCAUGGGCAGCGUACUAUGCACAGUACUAUGGCCAACAAACAGGGGGUGCAAUGGCAGGUCAGGCUCCAGGAGCCCCUUCAGCAGCACCAGGGGACCAGAGCCCAGUAGUACAGACCCCUGGGGGGCAGCCAGAUUACACAAAGGCUUGGGAAGAAUACUACAAGAAGAUGGGCAUGACUCAACCAUCUGGAGGAGCAGCAGCAGCUCCAGGCACUGCAGCAACUGCUGCCGCUGCAGGUGGCGCUGCAGCUGGAGGUCAGCAGGAUUACAGUGCCGCCUGGGCUGAGUACUACAGACAGCAAGCUGCGUACUAUGGCCAGGCAGGGCAGGCACCUGGACAGGCAGCUGGUCCACAGCAGGGACAACAGACUCAAUAAAGUGCCACGGACUGUUGGACACUUGGAUCUGGACUUGUUUAGGGGUUUGUUUGUUUUUUGUUUUUUUGCCAAGAGGUUUCCCUUUUGGCUUUAAUAGGACAAUACCAUGGUUUGCUCAUCCAUUUAGGCAUUUUCUAUUCCAACAUACUUGUUUUUUUGUUUUUGUUUUUUUGACGGCGGGGGUGUCAAAACAUGAGAGAGAAGAGGAACACAUUUUGCCCAUACAUUGAACAAAGCACUAAACUACUGGGGUUAGUAUUUAGUUUCUCCCUUCACCUUACCCUUUCCCUGUAAUACAUUAGCUUUUUUAAUAAAGGUGAAAUAAGAUUUUUUUUUCCUGCAAUCUAGCACAACACUGACACACGUCAGUAUUCUGAGUGUAAAAACUGUCAGUAUUUUGAUUAUAUUCAAAAAUUGCGUUUGUAAGAAAGUCAGACCUUUUUCCCUACUUGGUACCUUUUUUUUCUUUUUCUUUUAAUCUUUAUUUUUAAAAUAACAUUCCCCAUGUUUCAGAUGCAGGCAUAUUUUCCCUGCUACCAUGGCUUAAUUUUAUUAAUUGUAAUUAUUUUCCUUGAGGGGGCUGUGUGUGUCUGUAUACAGUGAAUGUUACUGAACAGAAGUGUGUAAGCUGACCAUAAAUAAGGCGUAAUAAGUCUUGUGUGGUGGCUGUGUGUGUAUGCGCAUGUAUGUUUGUGUGCUUGACUGCCCUCUGCUUAAUUCCUACAGAUUUGUUGGAAGUUAUUUUUUGUUUCAGUUGGUCCUGUGAUUGAAUGAUGAUUUUGUUAAUGUCAUUUUUUUACUGCUUGUUUUUAAAUACUUAAAAUAAAAAUAUUGAAAUGAUCA